UGUUAUUUUAUUUCGUUAUAUUUUUAGUGUCUUUCCAUAAAGUUCUCUAAGAAGUAUACAUUUUUUUAUUUGACAAAAAUAUCGGAACUAUGAAGUCUCUACUACUUUUAUUUACGCUUUCUCUUCUCUGCACUGAAAUCAGUGGCAGCUGCCCAGAAAACUUUGUACGAUUUGCAAAUUCCUGUUACUACUUUAUUACAUCCAGAUUGACUUGGUUCGAUGCUGAUCAAUAUUGUACAUCCUUAGUUCCAAAAAGUUAUAAUUGCCAUCUUGCAGCCAUUGAAUCUUCAGCUGAGCAGGACUUUCUGAAGAAUCAUAUCUUAAACAAUUCAGAAUUAAGAAGUCAUAGUUUUUUGACAUCUGGAAAUAAUUUGGAUAGUAAAAAAGGAUGGUCUUGGUCUGCAACUAACAGAAGAUUCACAUACGCCAACUGGGGUCCAAGUGAACCUUCUUCAGGAAAAUGUGUUCAGAUGCACAAAGAUGAUAGUUUUAGAUGGAGAUCAUUGGACUGCGAAGAUGAACCUAAGAUGUUUGUAUGCGAAUAUGAAAUUUAAGAAGAAACCCAACUUCUAAUAUUGUAUUCCUGCUAUUGUGCACAAAUUAUUUUCUUUUCAUAUGACAUCAAAGAGAAUAAGAGAAAAAAUAGCGAAUAAAUAAUAUAAUAAAUGUCAAUUUAUUACAUUCUAUUAUAAGUAGUAGUUGUUGAACCAUGAGCAUUAUCCUAUAUUGAACCAUGCUUAAUGAAAACAAUAUUUUGCUGUAACAGAAAGCACAUUAAAUUAUUAAAUGAUACUCUACCUAAUUUAAUGACAUGUACGAUAUUUUGCAUAUAUUUAUACAUGUAUAUCUAUAUAUACUGUAUAUACUGUAUAUUAUGCAGUUUAUAUUAUCAUACAAGUGUACUUUAAAAUAGACAAAAAUAUACUAUUAGGCUACAAACAUACAGUAACAAAAAAUGAUUUUUCGAAGUGGUUCUUUUACACAAAUGCACCCAUAAAAGGAUUCAAAGGUAUUCUAUGUUUGAUUUGAAGCAACAGGACUUCCUUGCCAUUCUAUUGUGACUUAAACUUCAAGACUUGUAUCCUUGGUACAGAGACAGAAAAAGUACUCGUUUUCUAUAAAAUCUUACCUUUAUCUUUAUCAUUAGCUAUCUAGCUAAUUAAUCAGUAUAUCGCAUAAAUUCAUAAAAUGUGUACAGUUUUACUUUCUUACGCUCACGUAUUCUGUUAGAAAUUUAACCAAUUACCAAACGUAUUCCAGGCUAGAACAGACAUUCUCAGUUUAUUCCAUUCUUUUUCUCACAACCAUUAAGGGCAGGAAAUGAAGGGAAUUAAAAUAGGAAUAAAAGUCAAACCAGAAAAGAAAGAAUAAAGUCGCAAGAACUUAAAAGUGUUACGCAUGAAAAACAAGAAAAGACUACAAAGUUACAUAAAAAAUCCUUUAGAACUGAUAUACUGAUAAUUUAUUUCUGUCAAUAUUUUUACAGAUAGGAGAUUACAUCUUGUCUAAAAAUUUGACUAGUCACGAUCAAGAUUCUCUCUAAU